GGCGGGCGGUGCGCGGCGCAGAGCGGAGGGGCGCGGAGCGGAGCGGAGGGGCGCGGAGCGGGGGCGGCGGAGGGGCGCGCAGCGAGCGCUAUGCCUUUAACGGCGCGCGGGGCAGGCAUGCCGAGCGCGUAGUGCGGGAAAGUCGAGGCGGGGUUAAAGUUCAGCUCAUGGAGCGGCUCCGCGCUGGCUGCAGUUUGGCAGAGUUGGAAAUGUGAAAGCAAGAAGCAGGCUCGGGGCUCCCCCUCCUCUCCUCUCUCUCUCUCUUUUUUCCCCUCCUCUCUCUCCCUCUCCCUCUGUCUCUCUCCCCCUCUCUCUCUCCCUCUCUCCCCGCACACGCACACCUCCAAACCGCAGCCCCCCGCAGCAGUCAUGUAUUCUCCGCUCUGUCUCACCCAGGAUGAAUUUCAUCCCUUCAUCGAAGCACUUCUGCCUCACGUCCGAGCGUUUGCAUACACGUGGUUCAACCUGCAAGCCCGAAAAAGAAAAUACUUCAAAAAACAUGAAAAACGCAUGUCAAAAGAGGAAGAGAGAGCCGUGAAGGACGAACUGCUAAGUGAAAAACCCGAGGUAAAGCAAAAAUGGGCAUCCAGACUUCUGGCAAAGCUCCGGAAAGAUAUCAGGCCUGAAUUUCGGGAGGAUUUUGUUCUCACAGUCACAGGAAAAAAGCCUCCGUGUUGCGUUCUUUCCAAUCCAGACCAGAAGGGCAAGAUGAGAAGAAUUGACUGCCUUCGCCAGGCAGAUAAGGUCUGGAGGUUGGACCUUGUUAUGGUGAUUUUAUUUAAAGGUAUUCCGCUCGAAAGUACUGAUGGCGAGCGCCUUGUAAAGUCCCCACAGUGCUCUAACCCCGGGCUGUGCGUACAGCCCCACCAUAUAGGAGUUUCUGUUAAGGAACUCGAUUUAUAUUUGGCAUACUUUGUGCACGCAGCAGAUUCAAGUCAAUCUGAAAGUCCCAGCCAGCCAAGUGAAGCUGAUAUUAAGGACCAGCCAGAAAAUGGACAUUUGGGCUUCCAGGACAGUUUUGUCACAUCAGGUGUUUUCAGUGUGACUGAGCUAGUAAGAGUCUCACAAACACCGAUAGCUGCAGGAACAGGCCCUAAUUUCUCCCUCUCAGAUUUGGAAAGUUCUUCAUACUACAGCAUGAGCCCAGGAGCAAUGAGGAGGUCUUUACCUAGCACAUCCUCUACCAGCUCCACAAAGCGUCUCAAGUCUGUGGAGGAUGAGAUGGACAGCCCUGGUGAGGAGCCGUUCUACACAAGCCAAGGGCGCUCUCCGGGCAGUGGCAGCCAGUCCAGCGGAUGGCAUGAAGUGGAGCCAGGAAGAGGAAACUCACUGGUCAAACCCUUGGACACCAGAAUAGUUGCAUGCAGUUUCCCAGGGAGCCAGAUAGCUCUAAAGCUUCCCAGAUAUCUAAGAAACCCCGAACACCGCGGAGCACUUCAUGGAAUGCCAUCGCCAACUACAUUAAAGAAGUCAGAGAAGUCUGGUUUCAGCAGUCCCUCGCCUUCGCAGACCUCCUCCCUUGGAACGGCUUUCACACAGCACCAUCGACCUGUCAUUACAGGACCCAGAGCAAGUCCACAUGCAACACCAUCGACUCUUCAUUUUCCAACAUCACCCAUUAUUCAACAGCCUGGGCCAUACUUCUCACACCCAGCAAUCCGCUAUCAUCCUCAGGAGACUCUGAAAGAGUUUGUCCAACUUGUCUGCCCCGACGCUGGUCAGCAGGCUGGACAGGUGGGGUUCCUAAAUCCCAAUGGUAGCAGCCAAGGCAAGGUGCACAAUCCAUUCCUUCCUACCCCAAUGUUGCCACCACCACCUCCGCCACCAAUGGCUAGGCCUGUGCCUCUGCCAGUGCCAGACACAAAACCUCCAACCACAUCAACAGAAGGAGGGGCCACCUCUCCCACUUCUCCAAUCCUGGUACCUGGGAUAAAAGUCUCCGCUUCCCACCACGCACCGGACAGACCACCAGACCCCUUCCCACCUCUGUAACACGGAAGCAGCAGCAACGCAGCGCAGCGACUUCACAUCGGCGGAAGGGGAGGCGAGCAGACACCGACAGCAAACUCGUACAUGGAAAUGGCAAACGUUAUGGUUGAAUGGCAAAGGCCGUAACUUUUCUCUCGAGAUUUGAUUUUAAUUUUUCUUUUUUUUUUUUUUAAUUUUUUUUUUUUUUUUUUUUUUUUUUAGACAACUUUAGGACUGUUGUAAUUUCUCAUAUGGUGCUGGAAAUGGUUGGGCUUCAUAACUUUUGAAGUGUUUCAUUGGUAGUGUAAGCGUUAGGUGACACUGAGUAGAACUAGCCUCUGCUGCUGCUUACCAACUCGCUGUUGUAACACACUUUCCAUAUGGAGCCUAACUGUUUUACAGUAUCCUCAUCGGAUUUUCCCGUACAGGUGUGAGACUUCUUGAGAAAUCAUGAAACACACUUAAACUAUAACUUUUGUAGUAGCUGAAUUCUGCAAUAUAUAACUUACCGGACAGACAUAGAGCAUGUUUUUUUUUUUUUCUGUAACAUAUCGGGGGGAAAAAAAAGAAAAAAAAUGCAGGUUUCUUUUUUUUGUUGUUGUUGUUGUUGGGGUUUUUUUUUCUUUUUUUUUUUUUUUUUUUUUACAGUCGGCACUUAGAGAUGUAACAUGAACCAUAAGAGCAUUGUCAACAAUUUUUUUCCACUCGAUUGCAGAGCGAUUUAAAACAUCAAACUACUACUAUUCACUAAAAAAAAAAAAAAGAAAAAAAAGAAAAAAGUUUGAAAUGCUGCACUUACAUUUAAAAAAAAAACAUUUUUCAACAAUUUUCAACAAUUACACAAAAAUUCACGCAGAAAUGGGGAAGUUGGUCUGUUUUGACAGAAACUGACAGGAAUCAAUCAAAACAAUCGAAUUUUGAAUUGAGUAAAGUGCAAUUUCAUUGGAUAGCUAAAUAUCUUUGUAAGAUAGAGAUUGUUGAAAAUUCUAUUUUUGUUUUCCAAGUCCUUCCACCCCAGGACUCUAAAUUAUUGGGGUAAAAAACAGCCUUGCAAGAAAAAGGGGAGCUAUUUUUGCUUUUUAUGUUUUUUAUUGUUGAACUUGUAUCCCUUUAAAACUGAAGGAAAAUUAAAAAAAAAAAAAACAAAUCUAAUGGUGCUUUUACCACAAUAUGUUAACUACAUUAAAUGCUAAUUAAUCAUUUUCUGUUAUCAAAGCACAUAACUAAAAUUAAAUCAUAAUAUCUGUUAAUUUUAUAAGCUAAAAGUCACUAUAAUGGAUUAUGCCAAUUCUGACAAAUUUUACGUGUUUCCGGCAAUAUAGGGUUUAUCAGUUCUCAAACACCUUGGGAAUAAGAGAGAACGGUCCAGAAAGUAAAACACCUUUGUGUCCCUGAACUGGUACAUUUUCUGGACUGUGAAGAAAUCAUUACAGAAAUGAACGAUGCUGAUCUUCUUACAACUUAUGCCAGUUCAAAGCAAGGGCACUUGCUGAAGAAGAAAAAAAAAAAAACAAAAAAACAGACAAAUAAGUAGAAAAUGGAAAAAAAAAAAAAAAAAAAAAAAAAAGAAGUUUGGACCCCAAACGUCCUGUAUCUUAUGUACAAAAAAAAGGAAAAAAAAAGAAAAAAAAAAAGAGUGCAAGUGAUUUUUUCUAUCAGACAGCGGAGCACCCCUUUGCUUCACAUGCAACUUUAAGAAGGUUUCCUAUACUAUACAUAUAUAUACGUUCUGGUUGGCGAGUCCAGCUAAUCAGAGAAAGUCUCUGCAUGUUCUAGUGUUAGUAACUAAUUUUUAUAUAGUUAAUGUAGGGUAAAGUAGAGUGCAUUAAGACACAAUAUUGUAAUCCCUAUUCCAGGCACUUGCCUUUAAACUAUGUUUGUUCGACCCUUCAGAAGGGUUUCUACUACUGUCCUAUACAAUCAAGUAACUGAAAUUCUUGGGAAGACACUUUGCUCCUCAUCUUUUCCCUGAAACGAUGUUUUGUUUUGUUUUCUUAAUUUGCACGAAACAAAAAAAAAAAAAAUUCCAUAUCAAUGUGCCUUGCCCUGGAUAGCGAUUAUUUGUGGAAUUGUUGCACAUGUUCCUAUAUUGAAAGGGGUUUUUCCCUAGUCAAGCAUUUGGAGACACUUUUUGUAAAUGUGACUUUUAUGUCAGCCAUUGUCAGUUCCAACAUCUAGAAUUAAAUAGGAUGUUAGUUGUUCCGCAGAUAGGAGUAGUGUUUAUUGUCCUGUAUGGUCAGUGGCAGUGCUAUUCUGAGAUCUGUAGAUGCUAGAUUAUCAGUAUUUUUGGAUGUUGCUGCAUUUUACCUUUUAUUUGGAGUCUUCCUUUUUUUGUUUUGUUUUCUCCCAGAUAUAUGAAAAUAUGCAAUACCUGCUUAUAUCAUGUAGAAAAGCUUAGCAAUUAUUAAUUUUUCUUUUAAUUUUUUUUUAUUUGACCAAAGUUGGUGCUGCACUUGACGCAGUGUGUUUUAGGUGUUUGUCUUUGUACUUUUGUGAUUUUUGAAUGCACAUGCAGGAAGGGCUCUUCUUAGAGAAGCAGUCAAACUGUGAAGCACUAAGCUGAACCCUGCUUCAAGCAAUUUUUGUUUUACAACUGUUCCUUUCACAAGCAAGCCUUAAAAAAAAAAAAAACUUCCUUUUUCUUCAGAUCCCACACCCAUUUUUAUUAGCAGACUGCAAUCAAUCCACAUUCAAUAAAAGUAUAUAAUGCCCAUUUUUAUAUGCACGUUUUUAAACUUCCAAGUUCUGAAAAUUGUUUACUGGUUAUUCUCUAUUUAAGGAAAAAAUAAAAUGUUUUGGAUUUUCAUAUGUGUCUGAUAAGUGGUUGAGUAGUCAUUUUGCUCUAUUGUAUUGUGUGAUUGUUAGUAUAUGGUAUCACAUCCUCUAGCCAGCAUCCUUUGCCUUCCCUAUAGCACUUAGCUGGGCAUUACUUUAUUAAGACAUAUGUGCACUAAAAAAAAAAAAAAAUAGCAGCUUUCAGUGCUUCACAGUGAAGGGAAAAAAGCCUAGACAAACAUUUUGUCAGAACCUUGCUAUGAGACAAGGUAUUACCAGUAAAUUGGUUGUAUAUACAAUAAAAUUGCACCCUUUUUUAAACAAAACAAACUAAGCAAUAGUUUGGGCAGUUAGUUGUUUUUAGUGAGCAUGUUGUAGUCAUGGCUGCAAAGAGAGAGAAUUAAACUGCCCACUCAGAAGAUAUGUAAUUUGUAUGUUGUAUAGUUUUAUUGAUUACACUGAUUUAUUCUACCCUAUUUUAUAAUGCAGGACUUUUGUAAUGUUGUUUAAAUGAGGAAAAAUUUCUGUCAAAUUAGCUUAGUGGAAUUUCUGAUUGUUCGUUAUAAAGGCAGCGUUCAUAGAAUUGCUUUUUUUUUUUUUUUUUUCCUUUGGGAACUGGAUUUAAGUUAAAAACUUUCCCGUUUCCUUUUUUUGUAUGUAUUUAAAUACAGUUAUUUUUCUUCUCUCAAUGGUAUAGCAUAUUCCUAUGCUUGAGAAGUAUAGGCUACUGAAGAACCAUUGUAAAUGGACAUUACAGGUAUGCUGUAUUUUUGAAGGUAUUUUUGUCAUAUUAAGUUUGAUGACACUAAAGUUAGGGAACUCUGAGCAGAAUUGCGAGAAAAAAAAAUGUUUUAAAGGCUUUAAAACAUUAGGUAGGAGGUCAAGGGUGUUAACCAACAGGGGUUGUAAAGUAUUACACACUAAAUUCAGUUUGCGUUCACCUUCCUCUCACGCAGGAAACGCGGCAGUUCCGUUCUGUGCAGGUGUAGAGAACAAACAGUGUUUUAGUCCUUUAGAGGAGCGGGGAGGCGAGCAGGGAUGGGCAGGAGGGAUGGAGCAUCCAUGCCUCCACCCACCCACCCAGCCAGCCAUCCAUCCAUCCAUCCAUCCCUGGAUGGUCCCGGCAUGCGGGUGGCAGCGGAGCCCCGGCUCCGUGCAGGGCGCUCCUUUGGAGUCACCCUACAACUUUUUUUUCCUCCCUGCCUCCUUCUCUCCAGAACUGUCAGACGCACAAAUUCUCUGACCUGUGCCCACCCCCGCCCAUCCAAAUUUAAAGCCCUAGGGAUGGCUUAGCGCGAAUUGACUUUUUCCCAAGUUAAUUCCUUUCUUUUUUCCCCUCUUUUUUCGGGUUUUUUUUUUUUUUAAAUUUUUUUUUUUUUUUGAGCGAGGGCACUUGCUUUUCUCAUGCCGCACACCCCAGCAAUGCCAUUAUUAUUUAUUCUUCUUCCUUUAUAAUAAAAGAAAACAAACUUUCGGGCUUCAAGUUUAGGCAGCCAUGGUACACUUUGUCUCUGUUGCUUGUUCCCCCACCCCUUAAGGUCGAAGGGGAAAAGAACCACCAAGUUUUCUCAACUCCACAGUAUUCAGUCAGCCCACAGGAAUAUGCAAAAUCCCUCUAACAUUUUUUUUUUCUUUCUCUAGUUCUCUUUGUUCCGUAUAUUUGCAGCUUUGUAGUAACAGUGUUAUAAAAUAUUUACUGUACAAAAAUACAAAAAAACCCAGAUACAUAGCCUAAAACAGUUUUUUUUUCCUUGUGGUGAAUUAUUUUUUUUUUUUUUAAGAAUGUCAGUUAAUAUUGUACUUUGCAUUGUGUCUCUGGAAAUAUCUUUUUUUUUUUCUUUUUUUUUUAUUGGUAGAAGGCCUCCAUCGAACAAAAUUAAAACCAUAACCGGCAUGACAAUGUAAGGAGAGCUUCAAUGGCACCUAAACAAUAAAUAAAUAACAAAAUCAACCUCAUGAGGUCUGUCGGAGGCAGGUCUUGUGAAGUUAACACUGCCUGCUAGGCAGGAUUUUCAUUAAAUCAAGCUUACAAUGCCAAUUUUGUCUUGAAGUCAAUGCAUGUAUUACUGUUUGACAGUAAACCCAGCUAUGCCAUCAUCAAGUCCAAGGCUGCGCAAUAGUCUAAUUAGUAUCGAGUACAUUUUCCUUUUAUUUUUUCCAAUAAAAAAGCAGUGGGAUGAAAAUUGCUUUGAUAUAUAGCAGGUAACAUUGAAGCUAUUCCAUAGCACUUAACUGUAGUGAAUACUGUGUCACCAAUUCUGAAAUCAAUUUAAUGUUUAAUGCAAAUCCAUUACAUGGUGCUAUUACAGGCUGGCAAAAUGAUUUACAAAAAUGUGACAACUUGGGCUCAAUUCACUCUGCUUUCCAACAAUGUAAAUGCAUAGCAGUGUUUAUCUGCAUGAAAACUAUGCACUAAUCUAUCUGAAAAAAAAAAAAGAAAAGAAUAUAUCAACUUUGGUAUCUACUUUCCGUUUACUUCGAUCCUUGCCUUUUCGGUCAUUGUUAUAAUGCCAGCUUUAGGACAGAAAGAAUUAUAAGAAAACCAGCAUAAUACCUGAUAUAUUAAAAUGUAGUGCCUGUGAAAUCUGUAUUAUAUUGCUCUUCUGAAGUAAGAUUUUUCUACACCGGUAGCCUUCGCUGUCUGUCAGAACCUUCUGAUAUAGGUGAUGUAAAAUAACCGUACAAUAUUAAUGCAUGCUAUUCCAUAAUGCUUAGUAGCUGUAUGAAUAUUACUCAAAGUUAUGUUAGUCUUUUUUUCUGACUUGGUUCUUGUCAGAUAGGUUUAAAGAUAUUUCACUGAGAACGCAAAUUCUGUCUUUAUUGAUUUGGGGUGUUUUCAGUAUUUUGGAGGUAUACAUUUACUUAAAUUCAGUAUUACUUGUGUUUUGGGUUUUUUUUCUUUUUUUUCUUUUUUUUUCCUUUUCUUUUUUGUUUUUUUGUUUUGUUUUUUUUUUUUUUUCCUAGAGGGCAGGACAUGGUGUUUGAGACCAGAAAUCCGUGCCUGGUAAGAUUUUCGUCUCGAAAAGCUACCCUAAGAAUUUACAGAGCUUGCUCUGAAGAACAGUUCAAAUUGAAGGGACAGUCCUUUAAACCCACAAACGAGACCGAGCUCAUGUUGCGAGAGAUUUCUUAAUGGGCAGCGGUGAACCAGGUACCCAUGCUUGACCCUUCUUCACACCAGACUUCCUCAUAUAGAAAGAAAAAAACCCUUUAAAAAAAAAAAAAAGAAAAAAAGAAAAAAAAAACCUCAUGUGGUUGUUUAGUUUCAUGCACAGUUGCAAUAUUUUUCUUCAAACAAAUUCUGUACAAAACUUUGGGCCCGAUUCAUAAAAGCUCCUUUGCUAUUAACACGGGAGGCUGGUGGGCUUUUCUCCUCCAAAUUGAGGGUGGGCUUCGCCCUGGCGAGCCCCGCUGGCCCUGCUCUCCCUCCCCUUCCCCUCUCCGCCUCCCCCAGCCCCGCGGAGACCAGGAAUGGGUGGGAAGGGGCCGUGGAGGAGGCGAGGCAGCGCAGGACCAUGCUCCGAACCCCAGAGGUGCAGCUUGGCAGGAGGAAAAGGGGGAGGACGGCUCCGGCCGGUGCCGGGGGCUCGGGACACGGCGACUCGAUCACAAAACAGAUCUUGUCCGCACCAGAACAAAACGCGCUUGAUUGCUACCUCUGAGCUCUAGAGAAACCCUCCGUCGGGGCGAGCGCUCGCCCGCAAUGUGAACUUUUGUACUUUGGAUGCUUUUUUUUUUUUUAGGGAAGACUAUUUUCCACUUAGUUAAUCUUCUAUGCUCGAUCAUGAACAAAAACAAUUGUGUUGGGUGAAAUCCCCCCCCCUUUUAUCUGCAUCCACAAAUUAAUAUGAGGGGGAAAAACAAAAAGAAGAUGAGUUUCUAGACGGAGCAUGGUAGAGCGAGAGUGCCCGGCUCGGCAUCCGCCACCGACGCCGCUCGUCCUUGUUGCAACUGCUGCCUUGGGGACAGGGCCACGAAAUUCUUGGGAAAUACAAUCAAGGAGAAAUCUCCAUUUUGGCCAGCUGUGCGGGUUCUCCCGAACUCUGCCCCAGCCCAGCCCAGUCCCUCAGCGGCGGGUUGAGAUUUGAGGCGCUAAAAUUUCCACCGGCCGUGUGAAAGAUCUGCUGCAAAUUCACUUGACACCCGUGUUAAUACCAUGUCGUGUUCAUUUUUUUUUUAUGAGUCAGGCCCCUCGUGCCUCUAGUAUACUUGUAUUGACUCUCAUAGUUACCAUUUUAGUUUUACUGUGUUCUGUGAAAAAAAAUUGUAAUUGGUUGAGAAUCACUGUGGGCAUCCAUUCUUAUUCAACUAAGUCUCCGCAGGUUUUUUGAGCUGGUGUGGAUUAGUUUAACUCUUGUAUUCAACCAUUAGUGCUACCACCUUCUCACAUUACAAUACAAUUACUGGAAGCAAGUACUGCAUUUCCUAUGCAACAAAAAAGGAAAAUAAAAAAUUGCUAAUGCUA